UGAAGUCUCCUGAACGCCGCGCACCAAUGACGUAAACAUUAAGCGACUGUCUCCGGGUCUGUGUAUCGGCUGCUAAACAGGAGCUUUUUCAUUGUUGUUGUUUGGUUUCACCUCCCAUGUGGACUCGUCUUCAGAUGUAGAGGAGAGUCUCCACCUGGAGGAUGCUGCUGUGUGUCUGACAGAUGGAGGGGUUCAUGUAGCCCUCAACCUGCACCUUAUACACCCUCAAUGUGGGAGUGAUAACACAACAGUGCAGCUGAGAAUGGCUGAAAUGGACUGAAGGUGCCACAAAUAGACAGUAAAGUGUCUAUAAAUGUACAAUCAGAGAAUAUGAUUGUUUUAAUUGCCAUUCUUCAAGUAUGACUUAGACUUUUUUUAAGGGAUACUGUUUAAAACAGUAUUUAAAAAUAGUUACAUUUUAUAUUUCCGAAAAGGAAAAAUAAAAUAAAAUCACUUCAGAGUGUCUGUGCAACUGUAACCAUGUUAAAAUGCAAGUUUUAUAUGAAACUUUGAGCUGCAGUUAAUGGGGAGGGGGCUGCCAGUACCAGAAUUGGCCCGCCAGUCAGUUCUGCUUUAAACCAGGUCUGAUCCAUGACUGAGUACUACGAGGAGGGGGGGCUGCUGUACGAGCAAUCACCUCCCAUGCACAUCAAAGUGGAGUCCCCGGAGGGAGCCUUUGGAGGGGCAGCCUCAGAGAACGGCUUCCCCAGGGAGGAUGAAGACUCGGAGAACAGCUGUGACCAGACCAGCGCCUUACCUGGAGGACUUCCCUUCAACGUGGUAGUGGUGCAUCCCAACAUUAUGGCACCCGGCAUGUCAUCAGAUGACCUUUUGACCAUUGAGCAAAACAGAGCCAUGUCGGCGGCGCUGGCCGCCGGCGGCGCGGGUAAAAGGAAGAGUCGUUUCAGCGGGGCGGAGCUGGAGGUGUUGGUGUCAGAAGUCACCCGGUGCGAGGGCGAACUCUUUGGUCCCGCCGGGAGACUCCGGCGGAGAGAGAGAGAGCGCAUAUGGGCGGGGAUCCUAGAGAGGGUCAACGCCGUGUCCCGAGUGCCACGCACGCUUCGAGAAGUCAAGAAGCGCUGGGACGACCUGAAGCGGCGCAACGGAGGCAGGCUGGCGGACGCCCGCCACCGCAGCUGCUACCUGCCGUCCAGCAGGGGGGCGUCGAUGCUCGGGCGCUCCUCUCAGCCGAGUCCGAGGCUCCAGCAGCAGAGGCAGAAGCAAAGCAGCAGACCAAAGCCUAUUUUCCCCUGCUUCCCGGACUCUGACCCAGGUGUAGGAGUGGACGGAUCAGACAGGGAUGCUUUGGAGAAAGAGGAGGACAUUUCUGAGCGUGAGCGAGACAUGGGGGAGCCUGAGUGUGAGGCGGUGGAAAACAGCAUAGAUGACAAACUGGGAUUGGGUCUGGGUCUGGGAAUCGGACCCCCUCCUACGUCAGAACGAUGGCUGCCUCCUUCUCCUCUCUAUAGCGCUCCUUUCUUGAACGGCAGCCCCCAGCCCAGCAGCCCCCAGCCGUCACUAGGGACGCAGCAGGGUCCUCUUGAAGCCCCGCCCCGCAUCUCAUGGCUCGAAGAUGAGCUCCGAGGCUUAGGGGAGGCUGCGAUUCAGCUGGGGAAUCGGGUGGAGAGGAGCCUGCGGGAGUUCGGGGAAAGCUUCAGACAGGACAUGAGAACCCUCGUCGCUUCACAAGAGGCACUAGCGGUCAGUCUGCAGCAAAACAAUGUCCUCUUGCAAAGGCUUCUGGGAGUCCUGGAAGCCCAGCAGCAACCGCAGCCCCAGCAGCAUCGAGGACAACAAGCGCACCCCUCGCAAACACCUCAGCAGCAGCACUUACAGCCACAGCAGCUACAGCACAUAGAGCAACAGCAUCUGCAGCAGACGCAGCAGCAUCAAAUGCACCUACAACAGCAGCCGCAGGUAACCCAGCACUCUAAUAAUCAGCCGGCGGUAGCAUCAGCACCAUCAUCCCCAGAAAUACACGGCACUUUUCCCCCUGAACCCGCCGCAGACACGAGCGGAAACCUGCACCGGCCGCGACGAGGGAGAGCUCUCGACCACAGGCGCAGGAGACGGCGCUGAGAAUGUAUUUAAAAAAAACAAAAAAAAAACUGUCGAUAUUUGAAAAUGUGAUGCUCUUUUUACUUGCAGUAUUUCUGUAAAAAUGACUAGUUAUAUAUCCUGUUUCUCAUCUCACUCCAUAUCAGUAAGCCAUUGUGUACUUAGGUCUGUUUUACAGAAAGGACUGAAGCAGUCUGUUGAAGUAGACUCAAGUUAAUAGGGUGGCCUUUACAUGACCCUAGGUACCACAAAAAUGAAUGCAUAAAUCUGUGGUAAGAAAAUAUUUAAACAACAAAGUGAUGGAUUCACUUUACAAACUUUUCCAACAGAAAAAAACCCAGGCUUACUAUACUCUGAUGCUCAGUUCGCAUGUUUCUCUGCAAAGUUCAGUGAUGCUCUUAAAGAUUCAAACCUGACUUGGUUUUCCUGACUAACUACAUCAUCAUCAUCAUAAUCAUAAAGUACUUGUGAUCUGCACUUGUUUCCAUAAAUUGUAGUUUUGCAGCUUUUGUAAGUACCUUCUAAUGUAUGCUUGUGCUUUUUUGGGGGGGAUUUUCUGCUCCCUCACUGAAAGGAAACAAAGUUAGGGAAAACAAGAAAAUCACACUGAACCAGAAUGGUGGCACUUCUAUUCAGGGCAUUCGGUCGACACUAGGCAUGGGCUGGAAUGAGGCACUCGUUUCAUGAUAAGCUUCAGUGAAAAUGCCAAGUUUCACAGUGUUAACAUAAACAUUUAAAGGAAAUAUAUGAAACCUAGUUCAAUUGCUUUUAUUUAAACAAGCUCUCAGCUGACGUUUUACCUUAAUGAGAACAAAAAAUAGCACUUUUUUUGGUUUCCACACCAUGACAAUCCAUGUUCUUUUGUAACCAAAAAUAUUUCCCAACAGGCAAGUUUCUUUGUUAUAAACGAGGAAGAUGUUGAGGACUUUUCUUUAGGUGGCACUUUACCAAGUCUGAGGACUCCAAAGCGCUUUACACUAGAAUCCGUUUUUCACACAAUGAUGGUACCACCGUCAGCAGCCAAGCCAGGUGAAAUGUCUUUCUGGAAGGACUCGACCACUGAGACAGAUGGGACGUCUACGGCACGGACUUCCACCCCAGUGCCACUGUUGUCUUUCUUUAAGUUUACAGCAAUAGGUCGGGGAGGGGAAGCUCCCCUUUUGCCUCCACUCAGUACUCUUUUUUUUUCUGGCACUGUGUGUAAAAGAGUUUUCAAACUAACUUUUCAAAACUCCGGUUCACUUGGCAGCAGAAUCAGGGCCUCUACCAACUAGUUUAUGGAAACUCUUAAUUUAUUUAUGAUUGUUCGUAUCAUUAUGUGUUUUUUUUUUACAAAAGUUGGCAAAAUUUUUGUGAUUCUAUAGUUUCCAUAGGAAAAUAUUUCUUAAAAGGUACAUUGGUUUUUCCUUGUGUCAGAAAAAGGUAUAGAAAUCAGUAGAUAGGCAGUGUGCAGCAAGAAGUUAAAGAAAGGCCGACCUGCCAUUUCAGCUGGGAAAAAACUUAAAUGUGAUUCUUUCUCUGGUAUGUUGUGCUUUUUUGAUGAUACUACUAACUGGCCCAUGCCUAGUCACUACAUGCUUGUUCUAUUUCAAUAGUUUUCAUUAUACUUUUCCAGGUUUUGUGUGGACAACAUUAAGCUAUGUUCUGAAGGUGCAUUUUGAGACAAAAUUGUUAUAUUUUAAAGCCUUUUUAAAUAUAUAUAUAUAGCUAUAUAUAUGGGGGAAAAACAGAUAAGCAUCACAGUAUGGCUCAGACUUCAGCUCGUGUUUAUGAUGAACUUUUAAAGCAUUCAUUAGUAUCUUGCAGCUAUUGAUAAUCUUGCAUGCAGUAUCAUGGACGUGUUUGUAAAUAGUUACAGAGGAGCAUUAAAUGGCCAUCAUCUAUGUAGUUUUGCACAAGUUAUAUUUUGUAGAUAGAUGCCGUCAGAUGAAAUGUAACUAAACUUAAUAAAAUACAAAUAUGAGCUGCAGAAAAACAA